AUGGAUCUUAAGACAUUCAUCAGUGACAAUGUCGUCCGAAUUCUGGGCUCAUCAGACAAUGCGACCGUAGAAUAUGUACAUUCCCUCGCUCUAUCUUCGAAAACUCCCGGUGAUCUAUAUCACGCUCUACUGGCUACUGGAUUAUCAGACUCCCCCGACACUCAAUCCUUUGCCACCCAAGUUCACGCACUCGUACCUCGAAAGACCAAACCCAAGGCCUCAAAGGCAGAGAAACCCGCUGCAAAUCAGAGGUUUGCGUUGUUGAUGGAUGAAGAUGAAGGUGCUUCGUCGUCUAGUAGCUCAAGCAAGAAGGAGAAAAAGUCGAAGAAAGGUAAAGACAAGGAACGGGAUGGCGGUGCAGUCAAACUUGGUAGAUCAGCUAGGAAGAGGGAUACAGAGGGAAAUUGGGAGUCAGAUGAAGAAGAGAAAGAGAAAGAAGCUAAGCGAUUGAGAUUAGAUUCACCUUCGAGGCGGAGUGAAGAACCACCUGAGAUACAGGAAACGGAAGAGGAGAGAUUAGAAAGAGAGCGGCUGGAAGAUCUAGCAGAGAGAGAUGCAUUCGCAGAAAGGAUGAAGGAGAAAGAUAAAGAUCGAACAAAGAAAUUGGUAACGGAUCGAUCGACAAAAUUAGGUAGUGGUGGAUUAGAAGCUGAGAAACGAUCAGCUCUAGCGGACGAUCUAGAAGCUAGGAAAGCUGCAAUCGAUGAUUUGAGGUUACAUUCCCGACAAGAAUAUCUCACCAAGAGAGAACAACAAAGAUUGGAUUUGUUGAAAAUGGAAAUUGAAGAUGAAAAGAUAUUAUUCAGAAAUCAGAAAAUGUCGAAAAGGGAGUUAGCAGAAUAUGAGAGAAAGAAGGAACUUAUAAAAAUCAUGGAAGCUAGACAGAGGAUUGAUGAUGGUACAGAUGGAUAUAUGAUGCCAGAUGACUAUAUAACUGAACAAGGUAAAAUUGAUCAAAAGAAAAGGAAAAACGCUUUAUAUCAAAGAUACGAAGACUCAAAACCCGUCGAAGGACAAUUUGUAACCGAUGUUGAUCAAUGGGAAUAUAGUCAAACGGAUAAAUCGAAUUUGAAAACUGGUGCACAGGAUAAGGAAGUGAUCGUGGAAGAGUUUGAUUAUGUGUUCGAUGAAACGCAGAAGAUAAAAUUCAUACAAGAAGGUGGAAUUAAGGGGGAAGGAAUAUCUCUAGAAGCGCAGAAUUUACUGGAUCAGGUGGAUCAACUGGAGAAGAAAGCCCAAUCCAUACAGGAAACUCGACAAACUCUACCCAUCUAUGAAUAUCGCGACGAACUUCUUGAAGCCAUAGCGGAACAUCAAGUCCUGAUCGUGGUUGCCGAAACAGGUUCAGGUAAAACCACUCAAUUACCUCAAUAUCUUUACGAAGCUGGAUACUGCAAGAACGGGAUGAAAGUUGGAUGUACUCAACCUCGUCGUGUAGCUGCUAUGUCGGUAGCUGCUCGUGUGGCGGAGGAGAUGGGAUGUCGAUUAGGUCAAGAAGUCGGUUAUUCGAUCCGGUUUGAAGAUAUGACUAGCGAUAAGACAGCUCUGAAGUAUAUGACGGAUGGAAUGUUACUGCGAGAAUUUCUGACGGACCCGGAAUUAUCAACAUAUUCUGCUUUGGUUAUCGACGAGGCCCACGAAAGAACUCUCAGUACGGAUAUAUUAUUUGGUCUGAUCAAGGAUAUCGCUCGGUUCCGGCCAGAGUUGAGACUUUUAAUUUCGAGUGCUACGUUGAAUGCCCAAAAGUUUGCUGAUUUCUUUGAUCAAGCGCCAAUCUUUGAUGUUCCCGGAAGACGAUAUCCCGUCGAUAUGUUUUACACCAAACAACCGGAAGCGAAUUAUAUGCAUGCGGCAGUCACGACCAUCCUUCAAAUCCACACGACCCAGCCGAAAGGUGAUAUCUUGCUCUUCUUGACUGGUCAAGAUGAGAUCGAAGCUGCUGAAGAGAACCUCAAAGAAACGAUGUACGCGCUAGGGGACAAAGUGGCUGAAUUGAUCAUUGCACCGAUCUAUGCCAAUUUGCCUAGUGAGAUGCAAUCGAAGAUUUUCGAGCCUACACCGGAAAAGGCCAGGAAAGUGGUGUUAGCUACGAAUAUUGCCGAAACUUCAAUUACGAUCGAUGGUGUGGUCUAUGUGAUUGAUCCAGGAUUCGUCAAGCAGAACAACUACAACCCGAAGACUGGAAUGUCGUCUCUUGUGGUUGAGCCUAUCUCCAGAGCAUCGGCAAACCAGAGAGCAGGAAGAGCUGGUAGAGUAGGCGCUGGAAAGGCAUUCAGACUGUAUACAAAAUGGGCAUUCAAGAAUGAGUUACUAGAAGAUACGAUCCCGGAAAUUCAACGAACAAAUCUGGCCACUGUGGUCUUGAUGUUGAAAUCUUUAGGAAUCAAUGAUGUUCUGAAUUUCGAUUUCUUAGAUAAACCACCUGCGGAAACAAUCAUUCGAUCUUUCGAAUUGCUUUAUGCGUUAGGAGCGUUGAAUCAUAAAGGUGAACUUACAAGGAUGGGCAGGAGAAUGGCCGAAUUCCCUGUGGAUCCGAUGUUAUCCAAGGCUAUCAUCAAUAGUGAAAACUAUAAAUGUACUCAUGAGGUUUUAACGAUAAUAUCCAUGUUACAAGAAUCCGGUUCUUUGCUAUACAGACCAAAAGAUAAAAAAGUACACGCGGAUAAAGCUCAUAAAAACUUUAUCAAAACUGGAGGAGAUCAUUUUACACUCUUGAAUAUCUUCGAACAAUGGUCAGAAUCGAAUUACUCACAGCAAUGGUGUUAUGAGAAUUUCAUCCAGUUCAAAUCGCUAGGAAGAGUUAGAGAUAUAAGAGACCAAUUGGCACAAUUGUGCGAUAGGGUAGAAGUGGUCAUCGAGUCGACACCGAAUGAAAUUGUACCGGUACAAAAAGCCAUAACGGCUGGAUACUUCUAUAAUACUGCACGAAUCGAUAAAGGUGGAGGAUACCGAACUACGAAAAACAAUCAUUCUGUAUAUGUUCAUCCUUCAUCCUGCUUGAUUGGAAUGCAACCUCCACCAAGGUUCAUAUUGUACUACGAGUUGGUACUCACCUCGAAGGAAUACAUGAGGCAGUGUAUGCCAAUUGAAGGAUCUUGGUUAGCUGAACUCGCGCCUCAUUAUUUCAACAAGAAUGAGAUCGAUCAGAUGUUAGGUAGCGCAAGUAAAGUCAAGAUGCCAAAGGCUAUUGAACAACCUAAAGUAGGACCUGUUAAUCCAUAG